AUGGUUCUGCCCAAGCAGGUCCUGCACAGUGUCGACGCGACAGACCUGGCUGGCACACUUCAGUCGCAGGGAAUCCAGGGAGGCUUCCACACCGUCGUCUUCCCCUUCCCACGAUACUCCCUGAGCCGGGCGCCGAAUCCCAACAACAGCAGACUGCUGCGGGAUUUCUUCACCAGUGUCAUCCGGGAUGGGAUCCUCCUGGAUGGUGGCUACAUCCAGCUAGUGAUGCUGAGCGCGCAGUAUCAGGAGUGGGAUGUCAAUGGCGUCUCCACGGAUGUGGGCCUUGAGCUGAUCUCACGAGUGGCAUUGCCGACAGACUUCUAUCAGGCAAGGGAGAUGAGUGGCAAGCCCUGGGUGCCACCUGGCGCGGAGCUUCUCACCUUCCAGCUGCCCACAUUGAGCUGA